AUGGCUUCAUAUGAAGCAUUGUAUGGAAGAAAGUAUCGUACACCUUUAUGUUGGUAUGAAGUUAGAGAAAACAAAAUAUUGGGUUCAAAAUUUGUGCCACAAACGACAGAUCAGGUUAAGCUUAUUAGAGAAAAGAUGAAAGCUGCACAUGAUCGACAAAAGAGUUAUAGUGAUAAGAGGAUAAUACCUUUGGAAUUUGAGGCAGGAAAUCAUGUUUUCAUUAGGGUAACUCCUAGAGCGGGAUUUGCACGAGUAAUCAAAACUAGGAAGUUAACACCAAGGUUUAUCGGGCCUUUUCAAAUUCUACGGCAGAUUGGACCUAUAACAUAUCAUAUCACUUUACUGCCAAACUUGCCUAAUCUUCAUGACAUAUUCCAUGUAUCACAACCGAGGAAGUAUUAUCCUGACCCUUCACAUGUCAUUGAGCCUGAAAUUGUGGAACUUAGAGAUAACUUGGAAUACGAGGCUUUACCUUUCAAGAUUUUAGAUCAUCGAAUUAAAGAACUUCGUGGAAAGCAGAUACCAUUGGUUAGAGUUGUAUGGAAUGAUGUAACUGGUGAUUCUACCUGGGAAAGAGAAGAAGACAUUUGUCAGAAGUAUCCACAUAUGUUUUAUGUACGCUAA